UUUUUUGUCUCCUUUUGUUUCGUAGAUUAUGGACUCUCCUGCUGAAGUAGCUGAGCGGGCUGAUAGGGUCAUAACUAUGUUGCCAUCAAGUCCUAAUGUGAUUGAGGUUUACACAGGCCCAAAUGGCAUUUUAAAAAAAGUUAAGAAAGGCUCAUUGCUAAUUGAUUCGAGCACAAUCGAUCCAGCUGUUUCUAAAGAAAUGGCCAAAGCUGCAGAAAAGAUUGGAGCAAUGUUUAUGGAUGCGCCUGUAUCUGGAGGUAUGUACUGUUCAGAAUGAAUGGAGACCUGUAAC